GGCGCUCAGUUCCUCUGAAAGUGAAACCGGUCGAGGAAGCGUUUGGACGACACACACGAAAAUACUUUCUUAUAUACAUCCAUAAAAAAAAGUACAUGUUAGAACUUCACUUGUGAAUUGUUCGCUUUUAAAAAGGUUUUGUUUUACUGAUUUACAGCAGACGCGCCUUUUCGCUUCUUGGACGUAAAUCGACAGUGAUUUUUGUCUCUAUUGUUUAACAACAACAACCUGUAGAGUACAGUGAGCGUAACACCAGGCCUGUGCUGGAGGGAGUGGGUCUGUGAUGGAUAGGUUGAAGCUGUCCCGCAUAGAUGAGGAGCUGGUGUCCUCUGAGGUGGCAGCUCUCUGCUUCUUGUGUCGUGAUGUCAUCAAUAGGAAACGCCUGGAGGGGAUCGUGGAUGCAAAAGGCCUGUUCUUGAGACUAGAAGAAAAAGGACUGUUGGAGAACGAUUUCUUCCUGAGUCAGCUGCUCCAAACUAUCUGUCGAGCAGAUCUCCUCAACCUCCUGGAGACAGACAGCAGGCAACCAGAAGAAACCGACGCAAAUCCCAUGCUGUCAGAUUACAGGGUGAUGCUGUACCGAGUAUACGAGGACAUGACAGAAGAAAAUCUUGACAAGAUGAAGUUUCUGUUGUCCAACAAACUGGGCAAAGCAAAAAUUGAGGCAUGCAAUACAGCACUGGAUGUGUUUGCUGAAAUGGAAAUGGCUGGUUUACUGUCAAAUACAAAUCUGCAUGAGCUGCAUACAAUGCUGCUGGAGUUCGAUCAACAACUGGCUUUGAUUAUACAGCGCUACACGGAAGCAACCCGGCUGCCUCGAAUUCCUCAUGGCAGCAUGGAUUACCAGAGGGUCAGCACCUUUCAGCCAACACAACCCAACGAUGCAGGAGCAUCCGAUGCAUCCGUUGUUUUCUCCGAUGCAGAACCAAUGACCUCCCCUCUUUCUGACCACACAGAAUACUACGCCCUGCUUCAUAACCCACGUGGUUUGUGUGUGGUCAUCAAUAAUGAGUACUUCCUGGGAACAGAACUGAAAAAUCGAGGAGGGACUCAGGAGGAUGCAAAGGCUCUGCUCACAGUGUUCACCCGCCUUGGCUUUAAUGUGGUGGUACACGACGACCUGACUGCCCACAAGAUGCUUCUUGUACUGCGAGAGCUGGGCUCAAGGAAUUUUUUGGAUGAUGAUGCCUUGGUGGUUUGCGUGCUGUCCCAUGGAGAAAAGGGAUGUGUCUAUGGGAUUGAUGAGAAGCCGGUGUCUUUGCGAGAACUGUCCUUGCCCUUCACUAGCGGGAGAGCUCCCACCUUGGCAGGGAAGCCCAAACUGUUCUUCAUCCAAGCGUGUCAGGGAAGCAACUACCAGAGAGGAUCCCUGCCGUGUCCUCCGAAGCCAAGACAGGAGGAGGGGGACAGACAGAGCCGCCUGGAGGCAGACGCAGGUCGCGUGGACGGUGAGACAGUGCCUUGGGAUGCUGACUUUCUGCUGGGCAUGGCCACCGUGCCAGAGUGCAAGUCGUUUCGAAACACUGCCAAAGGCUCCAUCUACAUCCAGGAGCUGUGCAGGCAGCUGAUGAGGUCAGCAGAAAGCUCGGAGAUGGAUGAUAUGCUCACUGUGCUGACACGUGUGAACAGGGAGGUCAGCAAAGGAGAAUAUUUAAACUACAAACAAAUGCCAGAGCCCAAGUACACCCUCACCAAGAAGCUCGUCCUCAAAUUUGUGUGAGCCGACCGGGACCAAGUGCAACACUGAAAAUGUGCCAAAUUUACAUAGAGUCAUAUAGACCCGACUGGUUUACUGUGUGUAUGACUGUUGUUGUUGUGUGUGUGUGUGUGUGUGUUUUUUAAUCCGACUUCAUGGAACAGCUUGAUAGAUGAAUUUAAAUGUAGGCGUCUCUGUCUGGAGAGUCUGAUGCCUCUUCAUCUUGCAAAAGCAUCAUGUUAUAUAAAAUGUAACAGAAGCCACUCCCAUGUGAUUUAGGAAAAAUAAACAAUCAGACGUCA